AGCAGAGUACGCUUCGAGGAGCUGUGUUUAGAUCUCUUCAGAAAGUGUCAAAGAUGUCAAAGCUCAUUGAGAGGAACACAACAAUCCCUACAAAGGCAACCAAAAACUUCGUUACUGUUGCUGACAACCAGUCUGCCAUUACCUUAGUGUUCGAAGGAGAAAGAGCUAUGACUAAAGAAAAUAAUCUACUUGGCCAGUUUGAGUUUUCCGGUAUCCCUCCUGCACUUCGGGGCGUCCCUAAGAUCAAAGUCACUUUCGACAUCGACGCCAACGGCAUCAUGGACGUCACUGCCGAGGACAAGAGCACGGGUCGUAGCAAAAAGAUCACCAUCACCAACGACAGCGGAAGGAUAUCUAAAGAUGAAAUCGAGCGUAUGAUCAACGAUGCCGCGAGAUUCAAGGCCGAAGAUGAUGCUCACCGGGAACCCCGGGAACGCAUCGCAGCCAGCAACCAACUCGAGUGCUAUGCCUACAAAGUCAAGUCCGCAAUCAGAGACGCAUCAGUAGGGAGCAAGCUUACCUCCAACCAGGCGCCGUUCGGGGUUCUGCCCCCUGGACUCCACCAAGGGCUUCCAGGGGCACAGCCCCUUGAACUCCCUGCCGGGGCUCAAGCCCUGGACCCCCACCACAACGCUCUACCUGAUCGUUAA